AUGGAGGCGAAGCAGGCGGGCGUGAGGAAGCCGGGGGACUGGAGCUGCCGGUCGUGCCAGUACGUGAACUUCUGCAAGCGGGAGGCGUGCCAGCGGUGCGGGGAGGCGAAGCUGGGCGUGGAGCGGACGGACUACGCGGCCAUGGGCGGCGGGUGGGAGGUCAAGCCCGGCGACUGGUGCUGCCGCUGCUGCGGCGUCAACAACUACGCCAGCCGCGGCAGCUGCUUCAAGUGCGGCGCCGCCAAGACCGACUCCGCCGCCGCCGUCGCCCAGGGCUGGGGCUUCUCCGUCGCCUCCCAGGCCGGCUGGAAGAACGGCGACUGGAUGUGCCCAAGAAUGGAAUGUAACGUGCAGAACUACGCUAACAGAACCGAGUGCUUCCGGUGCAACUACCCCAGAUACUAUGGUUAAUUGAUCCGACGUAUACGCCUAUCAACAAGAAGAAAUGGGAGGGAAAUAAAAUUUGCGAGAUCAAAGAUCAACGGACAAGAUUGACCAGUCCCCAGUCACAACCCUUGAGGGUUUUUCCUUUUUUUUCUUUUCUUUUAAAUAACCCUCGACAACCCGAGGGUUUCACCAUUUGUAAGAGCAAAAAUCAGUGCUAAAAAAGAAAAAAUGGCACGAAAAUGUGACAGAUGACUGGUCAGUCUUCCUCUU